GACAAUUUAAAUAAAGAAGACAAUUUUGUUUCUUUGAAAUAAUGGAGAAUAUGAAUACCACGCUGGCCCACUCUGGCCCAUCGGCUGAUGUCGAAAAAUUAGUUGAUGGCCAAAUUCCUAAGAGAAUGAAAAGAAAAAGAAGGAAAAGUACUAUUUGUAGUAUCUGUCCAACAACAGACUUUGAAGAAAGUCAUUCUUACAAACAGUCAAAACAAGAUUUUGAAAAAAACAAUGUGCAAAAAUCGAAUGAAACUCAGGUAGGCGAAUUUGAAAAAACAGAUCAAAAUGUAAGCGGAUCGGAGAUAAACGACCCAAGCGUAGAAAAAUUGGAAACUAAUUCAUUAUCGGAUGUCAUAUCAACCGGAUGUGUUGAUGAAGAAAGUAUAACUUCUUCGCCAGAAGUAACGUCUUCGUGUGUUACGCCACCAAUUAUUAAUAAUGAAGAAUUAUCAAAUUUUUUAACUGAUAACACAAUAUCAGCAGACGAAGAAAAUAUAACGGAAAAUAAUGUAAUGGUUAAAAUUUCAGAAUAUUGUCGAAAUUUAAAUUUGAAAAACAAUCCAUCAAACGAACUAGAAAUUCCUAUAAUAGAUUUAACAUACAAUGAAUUUAUUAAGAAAGAAGAUUCUGAAUGUGAAAUCGUAGAAAUUGUAGACCAACCAACGUUUUUAUCAGAACAACAAAAAGAUAUUAUUAAAAAAAUAAAAACUUGUAUGUUAUUUAUUUGUGGUUAUGCACGUACUUUCAAGAAAACUAAGUUAGAUCAAGUGGAACAAGCUCGAGAGGAAAUAUAUAUAAUUGAUAUUAUUGCAAAUAGAGCUAGGACAAUUGAACCGAUUUUAUCUACACAUUUACAUUAUUUCAACGAUAACAUGUUUAAAGCGCUACGAGACGCUAUUAAUGAAUCGACAGCGGAUAAAAACUUCACUAUUGAAGACGUUAAGCAUGCGUUUUACUCAUUAAUUAUUCCAUCGCAACUAUUGCGAAAAGAAUUUUUAGAAAUCGAAUUUUUAAACGAGUAG